CAGCACCAACCACGAGAACCCAAUGGCUUUUUGGCUUUAGAUCUUUGGUCGAAAAUCAGAUCUGAUUGAUGACGUGGACCAUGUGGGCCACCGCCUCCAAGUGUCUAGAUAUUUUCGGAAACAAGGAUAUUUUCGCUGGCCGUUGGAUCAGAGGGCGGUUAAUGUUUCUGUCUUCUCCCACGCCGUUCGAUCGACUCGCUGUUAAACUUAACGGUGUCUCCCCGUCCACCCCUGCUUCCACACAUCGCCUUUUUCUUUCUUCCUUUUAUGUUUUUUUUACCCUCCAAAUUUGGAUACAAGAUAUCAGAUUGUUGCUCUCUCUGUGCGUGUUGAGAGAGGUUUUACUUCCGCCAAGAUUCUCAAUUCUGAUGCUGUAGUGCGAUUCCGGUGGCUGAGUUCAUUCUGUGGGAAUAUGGGCGAGGUGGUGAUGAGUGGAGAGAAGUCAGUGAGAGUGGAGAAGGAAGAGAGUGGGAGUGGGAGUAAGGGUGAAUUGAAGGGCUUGAUGAGGUGGGAGAAGUUUCUUCCAAGGAUGAUUUUGAGGGUCUUAUUGGUUGAAGCCGAUGACUCAACAAGGCAGAUUAUAGCUGCGCUUCUCAGAAAAUGCAGCUACAAAGGUUAUGUGAUGGGGAUCUGGGUUCAAUGAAAGUCUAAGGAACUAAUGGCUCCUUUCAACUUGCUUUAAGAGUCUUGGCAUGGCUGCUGUUCCUGAUGGAUUGAAGGCGUGGGAAUUACUCAAGGGAAGACCGGGCAAUGUUGAUCUAAUACUGACGGAGGUGGAUUUGCCAUCCAUAUCUGGCUAUGCACUUCUUACCUUAAUUAUGGAGCAUGAUAUUUGCAAAAACAUCCCUGUCAUAAUGAUGUCUUCCCAAGAUUCAAUUAGCACGGUAUACAAAUGCAUGCUGAGGGGUGCUGCAGAUUAUCUUGUUAAGCCAAUAAGAAAAAAUGAACUGAGAAAUUUGUGGCAACAUGUUUGGAGAAGACAAUCAUCAGCCACUGGCAUAAAUGGUCCCCAAGAUGAGAGUGUUGCACAGCAGAAGGUCGAAGCCACUGCUGAAAAUAAUGCUGCUAGUAAUCGUUCAAGUGGUGAUGCUGCUUGCAUUCAGCGAAAUAUGGAAUUAAUUGAGAAAGGAAGUGAUGCACAGAGCUCUUGUACUAAGCCUGACUUGGAAGCUGAGAGUGGGCCUGUUGAUAACAUGCAGGAAUUUUCUCCGCUGAAAUGUGGGGAAGAAUAUCCAAGUGGAGCCGAGACACAAGAGGUUGAAACAUGCAUUCGUUUAGGACAGACGUUGGUGAUGAAUGGCAGUCAUGCUGGAGGAUUAACUAUGCACAGAAAUGGUGAAGCAAGCACAACUAAUGACAAGGAUGCUGAUCCGGAGCAUUUGGGGAAUGCUAGCAUCAGUGGUGAGGCUCAUGACAAUCACUAUGUUCAAAUUAACUCUUCUAAGGAAGCUAUUGACUUGAUUGGAGCGUUUCAUACUCAUCCCAACUGCACGGUAAAAAGUCCCACAGUUGAUAGCACAAGCAAGGUUGACUUUUCUCCUCAAUUAGAUCUUUCUCUGAGAAGAUCUCGUCCCAGCAGCUUUGAGAAUGAACUCACUGAAGAAAGGCAUACCCUGAUGCAUUCGAAUGCUUCAGCCUUCAAGCGGUAUACUAACAGGCAAUUGCAAGUAUUGACGCCUACAGCGUUAGUUAACUUGUCUGACCAUCAAAGAGAUCACAGUGCAAAUGGUGAGAAAAGCAUCUCACACAUUGUUAAUGGCUGCAACUCCGAUAGUUCAGCACCAGGUAUGCAAAGAUGUAUCGUGUCUCCAACUACAGUCCAAUCAAAAGAGUCUGAAGUUGCAACCUCACACUCUCAGCAAGGGCAUUCUCUCCCAAUUCCAGUAAAGGGUGUAAGGUUCAAUGAUCUAUGCACAGCCUAUCGUUCUGUACUUCCUUCAAUGUUUAGUACACAGUCAGGUCCACAAGCAAUGCCAAGUCCAAGUUCAGUUGUGCUCCUUGAACCAAACUUUCAGAAUGCAUUUUAUCAGUCAAACAUUAAAGAGAGUAGUUCAGAGCAGCUUUAUCAACCUCUUGGUCCAAAUGGGAACAGUUCCCAGAACCACAUUGUGUACACACAGGAACACAAACCAGAACAUGCGGAGGAUCGAAGGCAUUUCUCUCCUACAACUGAUCAAAGUGUGUCAAGUAGUUUCUGUAAUGGCAAUGCAAGCCAUCUUAACAGCAUCGGUUAUGGAAGCAACUGUGGAAGUAGCAGCAAUGCCGAUCAAGUUACCGUUGUCAGGGUAGCUUCAGAGAGCAAGAAUGAGGACCUCACAAACAAUGUAAACAAUCAUCGAUCCAUCCAAAGAGAAGCAGCACUAAACAAAUUCCGGUUGAAAAGAAAAGAGAGAUGCUAUGAGAAGAAGGUUCGAUAUGAGAGCAGAAAGAAACUAGCAGAGCAGCGUCCAAGAGUGAAAGGACAGUUUGUUCGUCAAGUUCAUCCUGAUUCUCUUGUUGCAGAACAAGAUGGUAAAGAAUAUGAUCAUUCACAGAUUUCUGACUCACUGGAGAGGAGAGCAUGAACUCAUAGUAUAUAGCUGCUUCAAAAUUUUGUUUUCCUGAAUUCUUAAAUACCAGAUUUCUGUAUAUGCUUUCUAAAACCAAUUUUCUCAUUUUCCCUCGCUGUAGAUCGUGAAUAAUAUACCUAAUGUAUUAUUAUAUCAUUGUAAUUUUAUAAAGUUUUACAGAGAUAUUUGUGCCACAUUGUUUAUUAACUUUUAGGAAGUUGUUUCUUACAAGGACUCC